GUUAAUCAGCAUCCCUGAUUCAAAUAAUAGAUUAAUUUUAAUUUAACGCGUCAGUUCAUUUCGCAUUUGUAAAAACAUUUGACUUUUAUUGUGAAGUCCCAGCGGAAGUCUGUUUUGGUCCAUGUUUACGAGAUGUGAAGCUAAAUGUGCCCAUGGAUUUAAUGCUAAACCCCUCUGUACAUCCGCUGCUAAGUUAAUAUUUAUUAAGUCUUUUAUUUCAAUUUCGACGUAAUUUCGAUAAAGACAAGUAAAGUAACCGUCAUGUGGGACCAUGAAAUCAGAGCCAUGGCGUCCACCAACGCCAUAAUCGUCGCCUCGAUGUUCAUGGCGACUGUCAUACCUGCGGUGCUCGUCCCCGACUUCUCGGUGUACGGAACUCACCUGCUGUGGCUCUACUCGGUGUCUGGUACGGUCACCGCGGUCAGUGUCGCUGUCUUCUGGCUGCUCGGCAUCACACCACCCACCAAGAAGCACACACUGGGAUACAAGCUGUCUAGGCUGUUUCGUUCCUGUCUGUACUUCUUCCUGUCCUGCCUGUUCUUCCACACUGUGGUGGUUCUCUAUGGAGCUCCGCUGAUUGAAUCUGCCUUAGAGACAUUUUCCCUUGCUGUGCUGCUGACGUCUCUAACCACACUGAGGUGUCUCUGUGUCCUUGGCCCCAACGUCCAAGCCUGGAUACGAGUGUUCAGUCGCCACGGCGCGAUGUCUGUGUGGGACACCUGCCUCCAGAUUACAGUGGCCUGCACAGUGGUAGGGGCCUGGGUGGGAGCUUUCCCUAUACCUCUGGACUGGGACAGGCCUUGGCAGGUUUGGCCUGUUUCGUGCAGCCUCGGCGCUAUGAUUGGUUUCCUGACCGGGCUUGUUGCUGCUCCUGCAUGGAUCCACUAUCAUCGUAAACAGCUCACAUACAAAUGCAAAUGAUGGACUGACACAGGUUUCUGUGCUGGUGUGUAUCUGAAUGUGACCAUGAGGGUACUGAAUUCUGUUUUUCACAAUAUUUACUGGGUAACAUUCACUCUGUUUGCAGCCUGCGGGAAAGGUGGUUUUGUAAUAACACAAAGCAUAUGAUUAUUUUGUAUGCAUGAAGACUGAGUAUAUUCUUGAGGAUUUUUGACAUGAAUAAAGGGCAUCUUCUGCAUCAGUGGGCACUGUUUUGUGGUUAAAAGAUUAGUAGU